AUGGGCAAACUGGAUAAAACCAUCGACUUGAAAGUCAGCUCGGUCAGCACAGACCCCAGUGUUGUGGUGGGCGCUUUCUUCAACGGCUUGGAGAUCCCCAAAAAUACCCUGUUUGAUCUCUACAAGCACCCAGGCGAGGACGAGUACCUUCUCCACGGCGAAAACAGCACGUUGGAAUAUAAUGGACUCACGCUGGACAACCAGGAUAACAACGACUACGUGGUAGCGCUUUACGACCCUAAGCAGAAAUCGGUGGAACUUUACAAGUCUCCUUUGGUGCAAACAAGAGUGACAUCUAUAGACAGCAGGGUGCACAAGGGACCCAAGAUCAAAAGCAGAGGAACAAGAUAUGCCGACCAGAAAAUGGCUUUGGGCCAGGAGUUCGGUACCAAAAAGGCCAAAGCAGCGAUUGCCAGCUUGGCAAGAAACAGAAUCGACUUGGACAAGUUGCAGGACCUGGAGAUGGACAUUGUGGAUCUGGUGAAAGAAGUGACAGCCACGUUACCCCUGGCCCAGGAGAUCCAGGAGGCAUCUUCGGAAAACAAGGUGGUGCCUCCCGUCAACGUGGACGCUACCAAUGUCGAAGAUAUAUACGCUUUGGAGGGGAUUGUUCCGGCGAACGAAUUGGCAUCGAUCAGAGUUGGGCCGUUCUUGGAGGAAAGCGAUCCAGACGCUCGCUUACAGCUUAUGCCAUAUUCCAAAUCUGCAUUUGUCGCUAGACACUUGGACAAGCUUGUGCACAGCUCCAACGAGAAGAAGUUGCAGAUGUUGUACUAUGCGUCGCUUCUCAUGGGUGUGUACAACAACAGAAGAUGCAAGGACAAGGCUACGCUCAUGGAAAAAUUGGGCAACAUUCCUUCGGAGUUUCUUAUUGAUGGCAUAUUGAAGAGGUUCACCGCUCACAGGAGAGGCGACUUGGGUAAAGCCAAGGACCGCUCUUUCUUUUUUGAUACUCACCACGAAGAUAAGUUGUUCUGCUACUUGCUUGCUCUCAUGUUCCACAUCGAGGGAUUCUUCCUAGAAUUGAAUCCUUUGUCGAAAGAGCUCAAUUUGAAGCCAUCCAAGUUGACUACGUUGUUACGUGCUUUGGGUGCAAAGAUUCGUCCUGCUACUGUAGGCAUGGCCGAAGCGCUAGGUAUUCCAAAAAAGGACGCAUCCACAUACAAGAUUGCCGAGUUGAAGGUGCCAUUUACUCCCCCAGAGAUGGUCAGCCGCCGCAGAAGGUAA